AGUGACCUGGAAAAGAAACAAACUGGCCACCUCUGACCUGGCUCGCAGACGUGGAAUGAAAUUGAAGACUACAUCUGUCAUGUAACUAACGUUAGUUGGCUGGCCAUCAAGUUGGCAAGCUAUGUGGUUGCGUUUGCUAGCUACAUUUUAAUCAGUAAAUGGAAAUGUCACGCGAGUAGCCAGGUAGUUAGCUAAGCUGUUGGUUUGGAAAUGCAAAGUGUUUACAUGAAUGGCUAGUUAGGGCUAUGUAGUCUAUGAAUGUGAUAUUAACUAGCCAGCUAAUGGCAUAUGUGAAUAAAUGAUAGGGGCAGCUAGCUAGCAGCCUAAUUGGUAGCUUGCUAGCUAGUUCACUCGAUAUUUUGAGUAAUUCUAUAACAGUGAGAGUUAUCAUUGCUAGUGAGCAAGAUAGCAAGUGUUUGGAAUUUUUGGGCAACAGUUACAGGACAAUUAACAGUAUAGUUAGACUAGCUAGCUAAUCCAUAGGCUGCGUAUUGGCAGCUACCUUGCGCGUAGGGAUUGACUGGCUCUGUGUUUUUUAAUUGCUGUCAUCGAAGUUUUUCGCAUUUCAAUUCAGCGGGCUAGUUCGGGUACCUAGAUGUUCGUUGUGAUAACGUGAUAGCAAAGCACAUUUUGACGCAAUGGCUCCAAUGGGCAUCCGAUUGUCUCCGCUUGGAGUAGUGGUCUUUUGCUUGCUGGGACUAGGCGUAAUCUAUCACCUUUAUGCCGGGAUGAUAUCCAACAGGAUAUCGGCAUUUAAACAGGGGAAAACUGUGGAUCUGCGGGAGCUGCUUGCGCUCUCGGUUGAAGCUGCCGUUCAAGGUGGACGGGAGGUGAAACGGAUACGAGAAGAUAACACGUUAGAUGAGAAGUCGAAGGGGAAAACCAAAGAAGGUGCAAGCGAGAAGCUCACGCUUGGAGACUUAAACUCUCAUAAAAAGAUGUUUCAUCUAAUAAAAAACACAUUUCCCUAUUUACAGGUGAACUCCGAAGAACACGACAGCACCGGUGAGUCGGAGACUGCUGUUUGGAAUCACGUGAUUCCCGCCGAAAUUGCACAGAAGGUCGACAGCAGGGAAGUGCCAGCGGAGAGCGUCACCGUGUGGAUCGACCCGCUGGAUGCCACACAGGAGUACACAGAGAAUCUUCGUCAGUAUGUCACAACAAUGGUUUGUGUUGCCGUAAAUGGUGACCCUGUAAUAGGGGUAAUCCAUAAACCUUUCACAGAAUACACAGCUUGGGCAAUGGUUGGUGCCGGUGCUAAUGUGAGAGCCCGCGAGACGUACAGCGAGAAGGCCCCACAGGUCAUCGUGUCACGCUCCCACGCCGGGAAGGUGAAGGGGUUCAUCGGAGCAGCUUUCGGAAACGACACCGUCAUCAUCCCCGCCGGUGGAGCAGGUUACAAGGUUCUUGCUCUUUUGGAUCCACCGGAUGACAAGUAUGAUAAAGCUGACGUGUACAUCCACAUCACAUACAUCAAGAAGUGGGAUAUUUGUGCAGGAAACGCCAUUUUGAAAGCACUGGGUGGUCACAUGACAACCUUGAAAGGGGAAGAAAUAGACUAUAGAGGCCAUGAGGCUAAUAACGGUGGACUGCUUGCCAGCAUAAAUAUGGAUCACAAGGCAUUAGUUGAAAAACUCCCCAGUCUGGACAAAGAGAGAGGUUGAGAGAAUGUUUGAGGACUUAAAAUGUGUAGAACCUCCGAUGUUAUCGUUUUGAUUGAAAAUAUUACCCUAGUUUUGAGAUAAUUCAGUUUAUUUGCUUUCUUAUGGUUUGGUAACAAAAUCGAUGUGAGGACCAAGGAGAGAUAUUAACACAGCAACCCCUUUCAUUAUACUGCAAGAUCAUGGUAGGAAUAAAUAACUGAAAAAAAUGGUAAAAUAAAAGAGGUACCAGCACUCCAUCCAGUUUCCAUAGGGAGAACAGUUGUUUUGUUUUGUUUUGUUUGUUCAUUUUUAGGGAGAACAGAAUACAAAAAACGUCUUUGUCAGGUAAAGAGCAGCAGUAAAAACCCUGUAAACACAUGACGACAUCACUAAUUGAGGUCACUCUCUUGCAUUGGGUUUAGGUUAUUGAUGCUAUGGCAACCAUAGCUAGAGAAACUACUAUAUGUCCAUGUUUGGGGUAGGAUAAUAUACUGUGGACAUGCCUAAGCAUUGUGUACACUACCAUGUAGUUUGUUUAAUCAACUGAUUGGCAACACCUGUUUAUAUUUUUCAUUUUUGCUUGUUUUUUUUUUUGUUUGUUUUGCUACACCAAUCGAAUGCACAAUAUACCACAUUUUCCUAUCCCUGCAUGAGAUUGCAGGGAAGCUCUUCACCUGAUGAAGACUGAGAUGGUCAGGACAGCAUUUGUUCUCCAUUCUCUACAAUAAUAUGUGUUUUCACAUCGGGUCUGCUGGUCCCAUCCUUUUUUCAUUAACAAAAGCAAUGUCCUUACAGUUUCAGUUUAAAUAAAAAUGUGAAGACUUGAGGGAGAGUGCAGUGGAGAAAUGAACAAUGUGCAUCAGAAUGUCAUUUGUUGCCUUUGAGAAUGGGGAAGAUAUAGGUCAAAAAGUAGAAUGUCUUCGAUGCCAGUCACUCCUCACAACGUUUGUCUGUAUGGGCUCUGCAGAACAGAAUGACUCUGCUGUGUUCUUAAGUAUGCGGAUGGUACGUUAAUUAUGGUGAUUUGCAGCAGAAUGACCUUUUAUCAGUGACUACUACAGCAAUAGAAAUAAGCAUAGCACACACUAUACAACUAAUGUAUAAAAUUUGAAAAAUGAAGGCAUGAAAAUAACUGCUGUUAUAUUACUAUGACAAUUGUAGUCAGGAGUGACAAACCUAGUGUUUCGUAUAGCACUAUACAACACAGUUUUUUCUGUUAUAUAUGUGUCGUUUUGUGGAAUUUGA